UUCGUAAAACCAACUUCAUCACCUAAACCCCACCCACCGGCCACCUGCCAGUUGCCACCAUCUUCCGCCUCUUCUCUCUCUCUACAGAAGCCAUAGCUAGGUCACAUCUCAGACUUCCAAAUGCACUCACAAUCUCCAUUUUCGUCGACAAAUCUCUCUCUCAAUCUUCUCCGACGAUACAAAUCAUCGGAGUAGUACCUAAAGAGAAACAAUGAAACUGUCGGCGUUACAGCAAAAUUACCUCAAUCCACGAAGAAUCAACAGUUUAAGAGCUUCUACUCCGCUUGAUUCUUCAUCUGACGGAUCAAUCAAAUCUCCUGUCGCAAUUUUCUGGUUAAUCCUUCAUGGUAUAUGUUGCCUCAUUAGUCUAAUCCUUGGAUACAGAUUCUCUCGUCUUGUAUUUUUCCUUCUCUUCUCCACUUCUUCAAUCAACAAUCUCUACAAUUCUCCAUUCCGAACAGCUUCCGAGAUCGCUAGAGCAUUAACGAUUCAGACUAAUACAGGAUCUCUAGCUAACAAAACGGUUAUUCCUAGUAGUAGAGUUGUGGUUGGGAGACAUGGAAUUUUGAUCAGGCCAUGGCCGCAUCCAGAUCCAGUUGAAGUUAUGAAGGCUCAUCGUAUAAUUGAGAGAGUUCAGAGAGAGCAGAGACUUCAAUUUGGUGUAAAAUACCCUAGGACUAUCAUUGCUAUUACUCCUACAUACGUUAGGACGUUCCAGGCUUUACAUUUGACUGGCGUAAUGCAUUCCUUGAUGAAUGUACCGUAUGAUGUUAUAUGGAUCGUUGUUGAAGCUGGUGGAACUACAAACGAGACUGCUUCGCUGAUUGGCAAGUCAGGACUUCGGAUUAUUCAUGUUGGAUUCGACAUGAAGAUGCCGAUUUCGUGGGAGGAACGGCAUAAUACGGAAGCGGAUAUGCGAGUUCAUGCCCUGAGAAUUGUGAAACGAGAAAGACUAGAUGGGAUUUUGAUGUUUGCUGAUGAUAGUAAUAUGCAUAGUUUGGAACUUUUUGAUGAGAUCCAAAAGGUUAAAUGGAUUGGUGCUGUUUCUGUUGGCAUUCUUCUACAUUCGAGUGAUCCAGACGAUCCAACUCCGAAAGUGAAUGAGGAGGAGGAAGGAAAUCGUCAUAUGCCUGUACAGGGUCCGGCUUGUAACUCAUCUGAAUCUUUAGUGGGAUGGCAUACCCUUAAUUCACUCCCUUAUACAAGAACCGCGAAUUAUAUCGGUGGAAGGGGAGUUGUACUUCCUAGGAAGCUGGAAUGGUCAGGCUUUGUUCUAAAUUCAAGAUUGAUUUGGAAUGAAGCACAAGAUAAACCAAAUUGGAUCAAUGAUCUAGAUGACAUAGCUGAGAAUGGCAAGGUCUUGGAGAGUCCCUUGUCUUUGGUAAAGGAUCAAUCUAUGGUGGAGCCUCUUGGGAGCUGCGGGCGUAAGAUUUUUCUAUGGUGGCUUCGAGUUGAAGCUCGCGCAGACAGCAAGUUUCCUGCAAGUUGGAUUAUUGAUCCUCCAUUAGAAAUCACAGUGAUGGCAAAACACACACCAUGGCCAGAUGCCCCACCUGAACUUGCUGUUGAUAUUGAGGAGAACAAGGAGAAAUCAGCUUCGAAAAAUCGAUCGCACAAACUGAGACGGAGCUCGAGAAUCAAGCAUAAGCGUGAAGCGAAAACAACAAACACACGUGUCGAACAAAGGCAUCCAGGUGAGAAGUAAAGUAAAAACUCUUGUGUUCUUGGCCAAUCAUGGGAUUAUUUUGCAUUUUUUAAGACAUGUUGUUCAUAUAAAAAGAAAAGUUUAAAAAUUUCCACUUGAAUGUCAUCAUCAAAUCCUUCUUGGUGUUAUGUUCAUAGAUUGAAACAUCAAAACAUUUUAUACAUGGCAAUUGUGAGCCAUAGAUUAGUAUAGAAUUUGUGAUAUGAAUUUGUUAACUACUCACAAUGCUUGUAAGAAAAAUAAAAGGAAUGAAAUUUUCAUGAAACAAGUUUCUUGUUUUUA